AUGGUUUCUCUCCCCUCCCCCGGCCACGGGCCGCUCAUCACCGCCAUCAGGUCGACCUGGAACACCCUCGACCUCCCCAAGCCUCCCUCCGAGCUCGUCGAGUGGAUCCGUGGCGCCACCCCUCUCUCGACCAACAAGGAGGUCGUCGUUGCUAUCGCGACCUACUUCAUCGUCAUCUUCGGUGGCCGUGAGCUCAUGCGCAACCGCGAGCCCUUCAAGCUCAAGAUUCCCUUCCAGAUCCACAACCUCAUCCUGACCACUGGAUCCGGUCUUCUGCUCGCCCUCAUCCUUGAGGAGAUUGUCCCCCUCUACAUCAAGCACGGCUUCUACUGGUGCAUCUGCAACCACGGCUCCUUCACCAAGACUCUGAUCUCGUACUACAUGAUCAACUACUACAUCAAGUAUGUUGAGCUCAUCGACACCGUCUUCCUCGUCCUCAAGAAGAAGCCCCUUGCGUUCCUCCACGUCUUCCACCACUCUGCCACUGCCGUCCUCUGCUACACCCAGCUCAACGGUGAGACCUCGGUCCAGUGGGUCGUCAUCUCGCUCAACCUCCUCGUCCACGUCCUGAUGUACUACUACUACUGGGCCACCGCCGGCGGCCGCAAGAUCUGGUGGAAGAAGUACCUUACCACCAUGCAGAUCACGCAGUUCAUCAUCGACCUCUUCAUCGUCUACUUUGCCACCACCAACCACUUCUUCACCAAGUGGGGCAUCAACCUCCCCUGGGUCCGGGACUGCGCCGGUGCCGAGUCGGCCGCCACCUUUGGCUGCGCCAUCCUCACCUCGUACCUCUUCCUCUUCAUCUCGUUCUACCGCAAGACCUACAAGGGCGGCGCGAAGAAGGUCAACGGUGCCAAGAAGACCAACUAA